AACCGAUAUAAUCUUAUAGACGGCUGAGCAAAUUGUUAUAUACUAUAAUUGAACUAUAUUUUUGUUAUCGUUAGUGUAAAUAACAUUAUGAGUACAUUAAAAAGAGUUACAUCGCCAAUGAAGCAACAAAAUGAAACUCCCACAAAGAAGUUAAGAAUUAGUAAAAACGAGGAAAAACCAUUUCAUAUCGAUGGUUAUAGUUGCACAGAGUUGGAAAACUUUUUUGACGGUGAUGAUGACUUUGAGGCAAUUAUAAAUAGCAAAAGCUUAUCAGUGCUGCAAGGCAAAUCCUUAGAUCUUACUAAAUGGCAACGAUGCAUCGUACUAGAAGUGGAGCGCGAGCGAUCUACUUUCGAUUUGGUGCUGCAAGUGCGACUAGCAAACUUCGAUCAAGUGGAAGAUUUCGAAAAGGAAAAUAACACUUUAUUAUCUAAAUGUCGCCUGCAGCAACAAUGGAGCCACACAGUUAUUAAGAGAGAUGACAUUAUUUCCCUAAUAUGUUUAUGGGAUGAAAAAUUAAUGUGCUAUAUAGUGAAUAAUGAGCAUGGAUUUUGUGUCACUAACCCUGACACAUUAAUUUCUAGCACUAGUGUAGUUGGUUCGCUUUUCUGUCGGAGAAAAGCAGUGUUGCAAGAGCGCUUCAAAGGAAUUGAUGCAAAUAGCAAAAUUAUGGUAGUGGGAUCAAAGGUACAUGAAAUGCUGCAGUUGGUACUACAGAAAAAUCUUAGAAACGCAGAAGAUAUUGAGUCCACUGCUAGAGAAUUAUUACACUCCAAGGAAACAGCUUAUGAACUCCAUGCGAAUUUGAUGUCACGUGAUGAGCUAGAAUUUGAACUACAAAAGUUUAUACCCAAUGUGAUAAGUUUUGUAGAACAAUACAUUAAAGGCAUUGAACCAAAUGUGCAUCUUAAAGAUACUUUCCAAGGUACUAUUGAACACAUACAGGACAUUGAAGAGAAUGUUUGGGUGCCACAACUCGGUUUAAAAGGUAAAGUAGAUGUAUCGGUUCGCAUCAAGCAACGAAAACACGAAAAAACAACAAAUGUCAUACCGUUAGAAUUGAAAACUGGACGCGCCACUUUUUCAAUGGAACAUAAGGGUCAGGUUAUGCUGUACCAAAUGAUGUUAACUGCAAUUGGACGUGAAACCAAUUCCAGUUUAUUACUUUAUUUACGCGAAGGCAUAGUGCGCGAAUUACGUGGAACCCGUAAUGAGCAGCGUGACCUUGUAAUGUUACGUAAUGAUUUAGCGCACUAUCUAUCAUAUCUAAGUGAAACACCUGCAACUAAUACAUCACUCGUAGAAACUGAAGAACAGGACAAAUUUUUACAGCCUAUAGAGUUGCCCGAACCCAUUUCACAUCAUAGCGCCUGUGGCAAUUGUGAAUAUGCAACCGUUUGCUGCACUUUCGCCAAAACUGAUCCAGAACUGCACUUAAGAAAAGGUCAUCCUUUAUUAAAAGUUAUGCAGAAUGUCACCGAUCACUUACGAACAGACGAUUACAAGUAUUUUAUUCACUGGUGUCGUUUGCUUGCAUUAGAAGAAAAAGAAAUGAAGAAAGCGAACAACUUGCGUACUUUGUGGACGAGUACACCGGAACAACGUAAGAAAAAUGGUGUCGCAAUUGUGGAUGUACAGCUGAAAAACGUUACUUGUGAGGGAAGGCAUUAUUUAAACAAUUUCAUGAUAGAGGCGACUGGUGAUUAUAAAGACGCGGAUCUAUUGUUGAGUGGUUUCUCUAUCGGCGAAUAUGUGAUAAUCAGCACACGGAAACGUUUGGCUGUGGCAGCUGGCUCAAUUGUCAAUAUGACAAGUACCGAAAUUACCGUUAGUCUCGAACGCGAUCUAAAGAAAAACUAUGCAAACGUUGCAUUUAUCAUCGACAAACAUGAAUCACAAUCGGGCAACGCAUUCAAUUUCACAAAUGUCAGCUUGUUGCUAGAUAAUAACGAGCGUGCGAAAAUGUUGCGGGAUAUUAUAGUGCAACGCGUACAACCCACUUACCGCAAAGUACUGCCAAAAAUUGUUGCAACUGCUGGCGCAAAUAUACUCAAACAACUGAACUCGGUGCAACGAUCUGCCGUACUCAAGGCAUUAACCGUAGAACGCUAUAUGCUAAUCAAAGGUCUGCCAGGCACGGGCAAAACGCAAACACUCGUGGCGAUUGUGCGCCUAUUACAUUUGAUGAGUAAAUCGGUACUCAUCACCAGUCAUACACACUCCGCAGUCGACAAUUUGUUAGUGCGCUUGAAGACACAUAAACUGCCGAUGCUGCGUUUGGGCUCCGGUGCACGUAUUAACGACGAGCUGCAAGAGUUUGCGGAACGCACAGUGCUGCAAGACUGCGCAUCUGUGGAAGACUUAACGCAAAAAUAUAAUUCGUAUAACAUUGUUGGCGUCACAUGUCUAGGAUCAGCGCAUCCGCUGUUCUUACAUAAAAAAUUUGAUUUUUGCAUUGUCGAUGAAGCCACUCAGGUUAUGCAGCCGACAACGCUGCGUCCGCUCUUCUUUUGUGAUAAAUUUAUAUUAGUUGGGGAUCCCGAACAGCUGCCGCCUUUGAUACGUUCAAAAGAGGCGCAACAACUUGGUGCAGACGAAUCACUUUUCGAGCGCCUUGACACAAAAACCGCCACAGCAGUACUGACACUGCAAUAUCGCAUGAAUAAAUCCAUAACGCGACUGGCCAACGAACUCACUUACAAGGGCGCCCUGCAAUGUGCCUCUAAAGAGGUUGAACUGGACACGCUUCAGGUGAAUUUGUCAAAGGAUAAUGAAGCUGCGAAGUGGUUGCAGCGCGCCCUGCAAACUCAUAUAGAUCAAGCGGUUUACUUAUUGGAUACCAAGGACUGCACUGAACGGCUCAACGCAUUUAACAACGGCGAAAAGAACACUGCGCUGGAAUGCGCUUCAACACCAAUUGCCAAUGAAAAACAGAAUAAAAGCACCAAGCGUAUUUCUAAAUAUACAAAUUAUUGCGAAGCUGCAAUUAUUAUGCAUAUAGUUGAGAAAUUACUGCUGGCAGGUUAUGCACCGGCGCGGAUUGGCGUGAUUGCGCCUUAUCGCGCACAAGUGGAGCUGCUGCUUAACUUAACUGCACAGUUUGAGCUUCACCAUAAUACCGGAACGUCGAAGCUGAAUUUUGUCUCGGUCGAAGUCAACACGGUUGAUCAAUAUCAAGGGCGAGACAAAGAUAUUAUACUCUUUUCUGGCACGCGCACUGGCGCUGUGGAUGCCAAUGAACGUGCCCGUGAAGCAGAAAUUCUGGAGGACAAACGUCGCCUUACUGUGGCGAUUACACGCGCUAAACGCAAGCUACUACUUGUUGGCGACGCUGCGUGCCUGUCUAAAUAUACGCCUUUUCAACUGUUGCUCGAGCACAUACCAAGCUACUGCAAGUUACAGCUGGAGGAUGGUAAGCUUGGUUUCGAAUGGCAGGCACUAUUGAAUAACAUAUCCAGUGUUAUUAAGACUUAGAAUUUGCGGCUUAAUUU